CGACAAUCUGUCGAUGAGGCAACACGGUUCGUCAGUCGGUUUGCAUUCGCACGUUUGCUGUCACACAGCCGCGGUGCGAUUGCGCUCGCGUGUUUUGCCGUGUUCUGUACCGGUAAUUGCAAUUUUUUAUACUAUACGGUGGCCUAGAAAUUGCUUAUUAGCGAGACUGCAGAAAUAAGUCACAAAAACGAUGGAACUGAACGAACAGGUCACCAUAGUUCUAGAUGAGGGCAUGCUUAUAGGCCUUGUCGAGCAACAUCCACAUCUAUAUAACUCAUCAAUAAAAAGUUAUAGGAACAGCAACCUUCGAGAUGUAACUUGGAGAUCUAUCGCAUCGGCAAUAAACACUAAUGUUGAUGUGGUCAAAAAAUUGUGGUCAAAGUUGAGAGAAAGAUAUAUGAGGGAAAAAAGGAAAGAGAGAGAUUUACACAGAAGUGGUGCAGGGGCAGCAUCAGGAGGGAGAUGGCAGUUCAUGCAUGCCUUGGAGUUUUUAGAGCCGCAUGUCCAGCCAAGAAGUACUUCUGGAAAUUUGACAACGGAUUCAAGUGAAAUUGAUGAAGGAGUAUCUUCUGAGGAAGUUCAGUUGUCAAUUCAGUCACCGAGUUAUACAGAUUCAAUCGAUUAUACCAAUUUGACCCCAAAGCGCCCCAAAAAAAAUACACCUGACAAAAUAGACGAGGCCAUCCUGGAAUGUGUGAGAGAUGGUAAAUUGGAUGCAGAAGACCAUUAUUGCUCCAGCCUUGCUUUUUCGUUGCGAAGCCUAGAUGAGAGAAGCAGGUCGUUUGUCAAAUGCGAAAUACAGAGAAUUGUGCAUGAGGCCAAAUAUGGGGAUGUAGGCAUGUAACAUUACGUUUGGGGGCUAUUUCACAUUUUGUCUCAAAAUCAAUAAAAGCCUGCUUUGGAAAUGUUGUUGCUUAAUAUUUGGGGAAUCUGAUGGCACGUUCUUUUUAGAAGCCUGUAGAUCCCGCCCUGUAAAAACCCUGCAGGGCGAAUGGGGGUAAUACAUGCUAU